UCGGCAUGAGCUUUGAUUCUGCGUGUGUGCUCACUGUUUGCUCACAGGGCGGCGUGAGCCGAUACUGAGCAGCAGCACAAGCGCAGAAUUUUCCAAUACAAAACAAUAGCUUAACCGUAGUGUAUAUUUUUCACUGUAGAGAAAACCAAUCGUAGCCUAUAUGCGCAGAAUGUCGGUGGGCAUAGAGUCUGGCUUCUCCAGCGAGGAGGUGCUGAACAUUCGGUUCCCUUUGCAUCGGGCGUGCAGGGAUGGAGAUGUAGGCGCCUUGUGCUCGAUUCUUCAGUGUACUACCAACCAGGCAGACCUAGCCGUGGAAGAUUCUUUCUACGGAUGGACACCGCUACAUUGGGCGGCCCAUUUUGGAAAGCUGGAGUGUGUGAUGCGUCUGGUGCAGGUGGGUUGUGGUGUGAACUUGGAGACUUCACGUUUCGCCCAGACCCCCACGCACAUCGCUGCCUUUGGAGGCCACCCUGACUGCCUGCUGUGGCUGCUACAAGCUGGGGCCGACAUCAACCGACAGGACUAUGUGGGUGAGAGCCCCAUCCAUAAGGCGGCCCGUGCCGGCAGUAUCGACUGUAUUAAUGCCCUCCUGAUGCGGGGGGCAAAAGCGGACUGUUUUAGAGUUAGCAGUAGGUUUAGUCUGUGCCAGUACUGGAGGUCAAGGGUGAGAGGUAAUUCAAGGAGACUCAGACCAGGCGCAAGACUAACAGCCCCUAGUUGGAACAGGGGUUUGUUGCUGGGUAUCAGGUUCUACAUAGAUGCCAGAAUAGAUACCAGGGUGAGCUUAAGGAACGCCAGUGGGCUGACUGCUGCCGACCUGGCCCAUGCCCAGGGCUUUCAGGAGUGCGCACAGCUGCUGGCCAAUGCGCAGAACCAGCAGCUCAACUGCAUGACCAAUGGCUCCUCCACCAACGGCUCCAUCGCCAACGGGGACCAGGCCAUCACCCAGCUGCGCAGCUUCCUCAAGGGGGCGCCCAGCAGAAAGAGGUCCCUGGACAGCAUGGAGCCGGAUCACAUCAAGAAGGCCAGAACUGACACUCUCCAGUUCCCCAUGAAGGCCCUGAACGGCUGUGCCCAAGAGGACCUGAUGGAAGCCAUGCACAUGGAGUCUUGCUCAGCGGCACCGACCACAGGUGGGAAUGGAUCCUUCUCCUUUGGGUCCAAUGGCUGCGUCGGGCCGCCGGAGGCGCACAUGGGCGUUGAGCCCGAGCUGGAGGCCGUGCCCAUGGACGGCUCGCCCACCGCUCCCAAGGAGCUGGAGAUCAUCACAGUGGCCUCCAUGCACAUCCCGUGCCGUGUCACCAACUCCUACGCUUACCUGUAGUGGCCUUAGUGGCUGGCUGGCACCCCCUCACUGGCCAAGUCGUUUUCAGAUUUGAGCGUGUUAGGAAAAAAAAAAAACGCCAGUGAGGUCAAUGUGACCUGUGUGGUGUUGCGUUGAGUGGGUUUGGUUUACUUGUCCCAUGUUGAAUGUGACCUGUGUGGUGUUGCGUUGAGUGGGUUUGGCUUACUCGUCCCAUGUUGAAUGGAGAGAUGUUCAUAUAUAGCAUCUCGUUCUGGUAGGCUCUUGUCCCUCUGACUUCCCUACUUCCUACCACCCUACGUCUGUACAACUCUGCCUGUGUGUGGUAGCGCUAGCAUUUUGUUAUGGUAGUAAAACUUGAAUACGUUUUUGUUUUCAUGAAAACUAAAACGCAUCCUCCAGUCAGUACACAGGCAUGCUUGUGUAUAUAGUUGAAAAACUGGCCAAACCAUUUAUGCCCCUCCAGAAUACAUUAUCAUAUGAAUUGUCAUCUCCUUGUCCUGUCUGAUCAUUGUUGCAAAAUCCAUAUUAUUUGUAUGUUGCAUCAAUAUUGUUCUAGUGUGAAAUGCAAGAUUCCAUUUCAUUAGAUACAUUCCUCAUUCAAGUUAUUUGGAACUUUUAUGCAUCGCUGGUGUCCAUUCUAGGAUGUCAUGCUCAGACAUGCAAUAACAUUAGCAAUGGUCCUUGUGCAAGUCAAGCCCACUGUAUGCAUGUACUGUGUUUAGAGCUGGUACUGUAACUCUGAUACCAUAAGUCGUUAAGCCCUUUGGGCGAACGAUGCUGAUUACAAGCUUCCUGCUACAUAUGUGACUUCUGUCAUCUGCAUUGUUCAAUCUCCCUGAGAAGAGGUAACUCCCGAGGAAAUACUAUUGCCCCAGAAUUGUGCAAAAAAAUAGGCCUACUUAUCCCUUUGAUGGUGUUGGGCAUUUUGCGGUGCAAAGUCCAACUUUGACAUGUCUCAUGUGUUUCCUUUUUAUUUUGUUAUAAUUAAUUUUGUAUUCUCGUUAUGCCAAAGCAUAUCUACAUGAAUGUAUGACAUACAUUAACCUUCGCUGUGCAGCUUCUCUGUGCGCUCCUAGGUUGUGGCAAGGUGCUGUUUAACCCUCUGUCUGCCUAUCCUUUUCCAUUAGAAGCGGAGUGGGACUAUGUUAGGGUAGUUUUCUCUGUAUCAGUUCUUUGAGUUAAAUGAUAAAAAAAAGAAAAAAAAAACAUUCUUUAUAAUCUCUACAUGUAUGGGGCCCUUCGAUAUGAGGGUAGUGUUUUUAUUUUUUUUAACCCUUUGUUGUGUUUAAUAUUCAGCUUGUUUUAGGUGUCAAGUGCAGAUGUUGGAAAAUAAGUGAUUAUUUUGGAAGUUAUGAGUUUAUUUUUAAAAAGUGUAAUGGCAACUCAAAGACAAUGGUGUAGUGAAACUGAUGCUUUAGAAAAAUGCCUUUUCCUAUGUAACAAUGCUUUAAAGGGAAGAAAAUACAUGUUGGACAUUAAGGCUAAUCAAAAGAAGAUACUUUGUUUCAGCCUGAACUUCCUGGUCCAAUGAAAUGGCGGUCUUUUCUGGUGAUCGCUGAAGUAACGUCCAGACAGGAUUAUCCAUGUUAAUGACUGCAUCUCUGAUGUAGAGUGUAGCGUGGUGAUGAACACUGAAACAGUUGAACGUAUUUGUAUUUUUUGUUGAACUCCAUUAAAUGUUCAGUCUUGAAAUACCA